AUGGCCUCCUUCUCGAAUGCUGUUCCAUCUUCUUCCCGUUCACCUUCACCUCAUACUCCAGAAGCAUCAGACAAUGUCGACCCGAUCGUACUGCAAAAUGACCUCGACUUAGCAUCGUGGUUCUCAAACGGAAAGGGCAUAUCCGUAGGCUCUGAAUUCGAUGUCAACAUGAAUGCAAUCAAUGAUACCAACACCAAACAUGAGGACGAUGCCAUGCUUCGCCUAGACGAUUUGCUGGAGCGACACGCAUUUGAAGAGCCGACAGCUGUGAGCGUUAUCUCAGCGUACCACGCCGCGACCUCCCCAAUAGCUUCGUCGGCCCCACCGUCCAAUUCGCUUUCACCCAUUACUACGGGCAACAACAGGCCGACUAAACCGAUUCCUCCUCCCGUAACACGAUUACUCCAUAGAGACCCGUUUCCAUCCAAUCAGAAAGUCGUGCAUCCCCCCAAAGAAUCCUGCUUCAAUCUCCCCAUCAUGAUUCCAAGCAUUCCUGAAGGAGGGACGAAAUCCCGAGUAGAGACUCAAGUGCGCGUCUCCGUAGAGUUAGCAGACACCAGCUCCUCUGCCGACCCAAGGGCGUACAACCGCGUUGGCUCAUGGAAAUGGCUCCAACUACCCGCGGGAACAGCGACGAAGAAGCGGACGCGGAAGCAAGGGAAGAUAGACCCAGAACAAGAGGAUAUCCUAUAUCUUUCUGCCAGCGUUUCCUGCGCGUCACCUCCACAUAGUAAGGUUCUUAGCUGCUCAAGUUGUCAAGCUCGUGAAGCAAAGCGGGUAGCUAAGAAAUUAGCCGCGCGGGUGCGCCCUCGCUCGGACUCCGACUCACCCCCCUCUGCCGCCAAGCACAAGCAUCGAGAAGAUACCACUAGUAUUAUACAAUUCAACUGUGCUGAGGUACUCGACUUCUCUGCCGGCUCCGUCGUCCUUCCCCUUCGCAUAACAUGCUAUUGUCGGCAUCAUCGUGAGAAAGUCGGCUUCCUCGUCCAUUUCACCAUGGUGGAUCACUUGGGAAGGAUCGUGGGCACUGGGACCACCAGGCCAAUAAUGAUAACGGAUGAUCAUAAGACCACCGCUGGCUCCUUGAAUCACGGUGGGAAGUCAGGGCCUGAUUUGGUCCCAACUGGAUAUAACACGGACUAUGACUGGACCCAAGGGAAUGGGGUGGUCGGUGAGGUAUCGCCCAUUGAGUCCCGGGCACCUUCUAGGCGGUCGAAGGAUCCUGUCGUGAGUGGAUUGGCAAAGCGCGCAAAACCAUACGACUCGCGAGGCAAACGCAACAAGGGACUCCGUGGUGGCAGUGAAUCAAGCGUGCCAUCACCUGCGAAUUCUACCUCGACUUUACCACUGACCCGAUCACCGACCCCCCCUUCGCGUGAUGGCCAGCUUGCCUCGUUGCAGCCCCCCCUCGACUUACCUCUCUUACAACACUCAUCUCAAGAGUCUGAAUCGUCGUCAGAUACCAUGGUCACGCCUGAAGACCGGACAAUGGACUUGUCGCUGCUUACUGCUGUCACCCAGUCAUUCCAGCAGCAAAUGGACACCCUGCCCAACUCGCUAGCCGCUCCUUCACAGCCGCACAUCGCCCACCCACAGUCGCUUUCCCUCCUUCUAUUUGGCUCAAACCAAUCGAUAUCUCUUCCUGUGCCCACAAUACAUCGUCUAAUCCCCAAUAGCGGCCCAACCCACGGUGGAAUCGAAGUUACCGUGUUAGGUAUCAAUUUUCACCCGAACAUGCAACUGAAUUGCGUCUUCGGCGAUGUGGUAGCAAGCUCUACUCAGAGGUGGAGCGACAACACGCUUGUCUGUAUCCUUCCCCCCAGAGCCACCGCUGGCGUCGUCGCCGUGUGGUUCGAUGGAAUCCCCAAGUCCUCUGAUCCAACCGCCUCGCCGCUAUCGCUUUUCACGUAUUCUGAUGACUCAGACCGUGCACUGAUGGAAUUAGCUCUCCAAGUUGUCGGGUUAAAGAUGACGGGCAAGAUAGAAGACGCGAAGAAUGUCGCCAUGCGUAUUGUUGGGAACGCAGGAAACGAUCCAUCGCAGCAACAACACAACAUGGCAUCCAACAUGAUGCACAUUGCUUCAUUGCAUCACGAUCUUCGACCACUGCUGGUUGCCCGAGCCACGGAGGGCGAGAACUUUGAAGCCCUUAUCAUCGACUUCUUGCUGAUCCUCGACACCUCAUUGGAAGAAGAAUCGGCGCCGGACGUCUUAUCUACGCCCUCUGUUAUCUCUCACAGAAACAGCAGUGGCCAAGGUCUGCUGCACUUGGCGGCUUUCCUCGGGUUUGAGCACCUCGUCCGGUUCUUAAUCGCUCGAGGGGCUGAUCUCGACAGCCGCGAUCGAAAUGGCUGCACUCCACUGCACCUAGCGACGAUCAGCUCUUCGGAAGCGUGCGCACGCCUGCUUAUCGAAUCCGGGGCCGACAUCGAGGUAGUUGACGCUUCUGGCAAGUCUCCUUUGGAAACUGCCCGUCCCGGCUUCUUCGACGGCAUCCUUCCCCCCUCUCCGGCGGUAGCUCAAAGCUCGUCUGACCAGGAGUAUUAUACUGACGGUGACGACGAUGGAGAAUCGCAAUGGGGCGAUGCCGAGGAGGAUUCUGAGCCCGAUGAGCGAGCUGUUGUUACCCGCCGUUCUCAUCAUCGUCGAUCGCGUCGGAAACCUAGGGCUUCGGGAGAGAAGUCAGCCCCAGAGCCGCCUCCAGAUCCACCCAAGGUCGAGGAAAAGCUCAAGACGGACGUCAAUGUUGACGAGAAGCAAGCCGCUUCCUUUAUCAGCAUGAUUCAGCGGACGCUCGCCCAAAUUCCUACGGCUCAGGGGAUGAUACCUAAUGUACCCCACCUACCUGGGAUGCCAGCCGUUCCAUGGGGUGCCCUUCCGCAAAUUCCAGUUGUAUUCCCGGUGUUCAUUCCUUUGGCUGGAUGGCCGUCGUUCCUGGGAGGUGACAAUGCCGCCACUGAAGUCUCUGAAGGUGAACAAAAGAAGAAGGAAGCCGGCGCUGUUGGGGCCGCUAUGGAAUUGAAAGCAACAUGGGAGAAAUUGUUGUCGCUGGCAUCGGCACAACGGCCAUCGCAAGAGGAACUCCCUCCUCCUCAAUAUACGCCCAGAGCAGAAUCCACGGCUGAGGACACCCCUUUGACUCCAUCUCUGGACGCUAGCGAAGAAGCCCAAUCUUCGGCGACGCCUCAUACUAGCUCGUCUUCUGAUAUUAGAACAUCGUCGAGACGAGUAGAAUACUCGCAGGCGCCCGUGCUUGAUGAAGAUAUAGACGCCUAUGCCUAUCGGCCGUCGACCAAACAAACGCAGAAGAUUCAGAAGAAACAUGAUCGGAUGUUGUUCUCAUUCUGGCUACCGGUUCUGCUCUUUGGUUCUCUUUAUCUCUUAUAUACUAUCCUCCAGUUCACCUUCCGCUUUUUGAAGUCGACACUCCCUAUACGAAGUGGCCACCUAAUAACCUCAUAG